GGUUUUUAAGUGUUUUAUAAUUUUUUCUUCAUUUUAUUGAAUUCAUAUUAACUUCUUUUUUAAUUUCUCUUUCUAAAUGAUUGAAUGUACUUGAUGCAGUGUUUUUAAUAUCUGAUCAUUUCUGAAGCCUUCUGUCGUCUUUACUGUUGAUAUUCUUCUCCAGUUUGAGCUCUUCCUGUCGCUCUUGUUCUUCAUCAUUCUCUGAGUAAUGUCAUUUAUUCUCUUUAUUUUGAGUAUAAACGUCUGAUGUUUUCUCUCAGCAGGAUUCUGUGUCUCUUUUGUGCCCUAAAGCCUUGGGGUCCUGGUCCUUCAUCUGCUGAACUCUUCAUUCUUUUAUUCAUCAGAGUUGUUGUUUUCCCUCCUUUCCUCUGCGUCUGCUCCCUCCUCCAUCCUGCCUCCAUGUCUCGCCGUCUCCUCUCCAAACGAGCAUGGACUAGUACAGAAUGAUCUCAUAUUUGAAGGGUGUUACCGUGUCUCUCAGACCUGGAGAAAACAAACACACGUGCGAGCACACAUGUGGACAAAGGUGCUGGAGCUCCGCCCCCCUCCCCAAACCACACUGCUGACCACUGGGCCUCAUAAUGAUGUGUCUGGAAGCUUGAGGUUGCAUUUUUUCAUGUGCAUGCAUGCUUGCGUGCUCCAGGGGUGUGUUUCUUCACGUCUUUUUCCAGCUUCUGCUCGCCUGUGUGGCUGUCGGAGUGAGCGGGAAACCGUGCAGCAGAGGAUCUGCAGAGGAACAGGUUCUCACCAUGGCCUUCAAACUUAGCGUGCUGGUGCUGUUGCUGGCCGUUGCCGCGGUAACAGUGAUGGCCCAAAGGAGACGGCCGAAUCCAAAGGUGUCUGAUGAAUGGAACUACAGGGAUGGAUCCGAGCAGGUCAACAUCCGCGGCGUGGCCAACCUGACCCAGGUCCUGGACGACUGGAGGUUCGACAUCCUCAGACAGAUGAGAGGUCUCCUGGAGAACGACCACCAGUCGCUGCUGCCCGACUACGCCAGGAUCCAGCCGCUGUCGGAGGCGUUAGACGACCUCUACAAGGAGUUCAACGCCCUCAAGACCCACCUGGGCGAUCUGACAGAGAAGUUCACCGCCAUGGAAACCUUCAUCGACGAGCUCAAGGCCAGCCGCGCCAACAACCCCGGCCCUGCGGGGGGCGCUGCGUCCGGUCCUGCCGCAGCCCCCAGGGUCACCGGGAGGAGGCUGCUGAAGAAGAAGACCAACCCCCCCGCUUAAGGAGCCUCCUAUGCAUCCCCUUCCUGUCUAAUCCUUUCACUUUCCUGAAGCUGAUUUACCUGCACAGGUGACACGACCCCCCCCAUCCUCUCGAUGAAGGUCUGGACUGAUCCAGAGUCUAUAAGAACACUCAACCUUCUGCAGAAAGCCUCGACUCAAAGGCGCCUUUUAAUCAGUGUUUUUCUCAGAUCCUAAAAUCCAGACGUAAAAAGAUUCCUUUGGAUCAAACUUUGAUCUGCAGGACGACUCGCUGAUCAAACGUUAGAAUCAGUCUGCAUUUGACUGAACUUAUCCUCUGAGAAAGAUCCUUUUACAAAUGAAGAACCCGAUAAACCCGGAGAUGAGGUUCACAUCGUUCAGUUCCAGACCGCCUCCAGCUGCAUCACUGAUUCUGUAUUUUCUCUGCUCGUUUCUGCUUCAGCUCCUAAUAAACUCAUUUACUGCAUCGAC